CUAAAUACACACACAAUCAUCAGCUGAGAGCUCAGAGACACUAAACGCCAAAAGCCUUAUGCAUAGUAUUUGCGAAACUAAAAACCUGUGAAAUAACUGGCAAUAUAUAAACCCAAUGCAAUUGUGAACAUCUCUUUAAUUGCUCUUUCGGUGCUCUUUUCGUUGCGAUCGCUAUUUUGAUCACAAGUUUGGUAUUAAAUCAAAAAACUCCAUACAUUUCCCUCUCUAUUGUGUGACCAGAAUAUCAUUUAAUUAAGACAUAAAGACCUUCCAUAAGGGCUAACGGACUUGGAUUUCAAGGCGACACACAAUUAGCCAUUAGUUUACAAAAGUUGUCGUAAAGUCUCGUAAACAAUUGAUAGCAGAAAUGGAAAGUCAAAUGGAUAUUCGUGUACAGUCCACAUUAGGGAACAAGAAAUUGAAAACAUUGAGAAUGAGUAACAAACCGAUGAAUGUGUUUCGGGCGAAGGCUCUCAUCGCCAAAGUGCCGAUCGAUAGCCCAGAGUUCGCACGACUUAUGGACGAAGACGACCCCUUCCGACGAUUCAGACACCAAUUCGUGUUCCCACUCAAGAAGGAUCUGCCUUAUGGU